AAUACAAUAAAUAAGAAUUCAAAAUGCAAAAAUUACCAUUCAAAUUUCACCUUUUUACCAUUCAAAAUUAACUUUCCCUUUUUGCAUGUACUUCAAUGAUGAAAGUCACAACUUAAUUUUUUUUUGGGGUUAGGGACCUAUUGUCUAUUGAUAGUAUAGACUUUCAAACCCAUUCUGAUACUUAUCUCCAUCUUUUUCCAAAAUCACGUGAGGAGCACGUGAAAAUCACAUCAUAUUUUGUCAUUAUUAUUGAAUUUACUUUUAUAUCCCCGGGCCCACCGCAAGCACGCUAAUAAUAACAUCAAUUUGGGAGGGUCUUUCCAAGCGAUUGACACGUUCUCACGUUCUCUUCCCAAUUGGAUCCCUCUUUUUUUUUUUCGUUUACCCCCUAACUUUUCCACAUAUUACACAACUCACCCUCUUCUUUUUCAGUCAUAUCAUCUCUCCCUUCGCUUAUUUCUCUUCAACUCCUUCGUGUUAUUUUGUAUCGGUCCUUGGCUGAGGACCUGAAAUUCUAAAUUAGUCCUGAAGAUUGUGUUUUUUUUUUUUGCAUAAAAACCCACAAACGAAGCAAAAUUCUGUCUAAACCGAAGAACAGAAAGGAAAUCGAACUAGGGUUUCGUUCAGGACUGGAUUGAAUCGAGGAUCCAGUGGAUCUGGAUCUAGGGUUUUGCUCUUUUGGGAUUAAAAUGGUGAAAUCGGCUGUUUAUCAGGGGGAUUCCCUGAUUGGGGAGGUGGAGAUCCACCCCCAGAACUCGUACACCGGGCCAUGGAUCCGGGAGAUCAGGAUCGCUGAUUUCUCACCGCCCAGCGACCGGUGCCCGCCUCUGGCGGUCCUUCUCACGAUCGCCGCCGCCGGCGUCCGCUUCAAAAUGGAAUCGACGUCCGAUGACUCGCCGCUGUUCUCGUUGCACGCCGCUUGCCUGAGAGAGCAAAAGACUGCAAUUUUUCCUUUAGGAGAUGAAGAAAUUCACAUGGUUGCUAUGCCUUCUAGAAAAAACCUCUUGCAGUCUUCAUGUUUUUGGGGUUUCAGUGUUGCACCUGGGUUGUACACUUCUUGCCUUGUCAUGCUGAACCUGAGGUGCCUUGGGAUUGUCUUUGAUCUUGAUGAGACUCUUAUAGUUGCUAAUACCACGAGGUCGUUUGAGGAUAGAAUUGAUGCCCUUCAACGAAAAGUAAACAAUGAAAUGGAUCCACAGAGAGUUGCUGGUAUCUUGGCAGAAAUCAAGCGUUAUCAAGAUGACAAAUCUAUCUUGAAGCAAUAUGUGGAAAAUGAUCAAGUAGUUGAUAAUGGGAAGGUCUAUUUAGUGCAACCCGAGAUUGUUCCACCUUUGUCUGAUAAUCAUCAAUUGAUUAGUCGGCCAGUUAUUAGGUUACAAGAGAAAAACAUCAUCCUGACACGAGUUAAUCCUGCGAUACGUGAUACUAGUGUUCUUGUACGACUAAGGCCUGCUUGGGAGGAUCUGCGAGCAUACUUAACCGCAAGAGGUCGCAAACGUUUUGAGGUCUAUGUUUGUACAAUGGCUGAAAGAGACUAUGCUUUUGAAAUGUGGAGACUACUUGAUCCAGAGUCAAACUUGAUUAGCCCUAGGGAACUUCUGGAUCGAAUAGUAUGUGUUAAGUCUGGCUCAAGAAAGUCAUUGCUCAAUGUAUUUCAAGAUGGAAUCUGCCAUCCUAGGAUGGCAUUGGUAAUUGAUGAUCGCCUGAAAGUUUGGGAUGAGAAAGAUCAACCUCGUGUUCAUGUUGUUCCUGCGUUUGCUCCAUACUAUGCCCCUCAAGCAGAGGCAAACAGCACAAUCCCAGUUUUAUGUGUGGCACGAAAUGUUGCUUGCAAUGUUCGAGGUGGUUUUUUCAAAGAAUUUGAUGAGGGUAUGUUACCACGAAUAAGCAAUAUUUCUUAUGAAGAUGAAAUGGUGGAUUUUCCAUCUGCUCCAGAUGUUAGCAAUUAUUUGGUUUCAGAGGAGGAUAUGACCACCUUAAAUGGGAGUAAAGAUCCUCUUUGUUUUGAGGGCAUUACUGACGCUGAGGUUCAGAGAAGAUUAAAGGACCCUAAUUACACUGCCCAAGCUGUUCCGCCUAUGUUCAGUAGUCUUGAUCCAAGGAUAAUUUCUUCUUUACAGCAUGUCAUGGCUUCAUCUGGUGCAGUUCCACUGCCAACCGCUCAAAUUUUGAUGUCUCUACCUAAUAGCCAGUCCUUGCAAUCUAUUGCAGUAGGCAAGCCAUUGGUUCAAUCAAUUCUUUCAGAACCUAGCUUGCAAGGCUCUCCUGCUAGGGAAGAAGGUGAGGUUCCAGAAUCAGAAUUAGAUCCAGACACAAGGAGAAGGCUUCUGAUUUUGCAACACGGGCAAGACAACAGAGAACUUCCUCCUCCUCCACCACCGCCGCCACCGCCACCACCGUUUCCAGUGGGACCACCCCUCCAAGUCUCAGGUCCUCCUGUUCAGUCACGAGGAAAUUGGUUACCUUACGAUGAAGAGUUAAGCCCCAAACAACGAAACAGGGCGCACAAAGAUUUUUCACUGCAACCAGACAAUAUGCGUUUUAGCAAAAAAAGAUCACGCCUUCCUUCUUUCAGUCGUAAUGGACCUGCUGGGGAUAAUCCUUCCCCUCAAGAUAGAUUACUUUAUGAUAAUCAGAGACUGCCCUUACAGGCACAUCGGAGUGAUGAUCGUUUGCGAUCAAAUGAUCCUAUUUCAAACUAUAAUUCCUAUCCAGGUGAAGAAAUGCCCAUUGGUCGGAACCCCAAUCAUAGGGAUGCUCAAUUAGAACCUGGUCCGGCAAUUAUGCAGUAUCCAGAAACUUCUGCUGGGGUUCUACAGGAAAUUGCAGUCAAGUGUGGAGCCAAGGUUGAAUACCGAACAGCUCUGUGUGACACUAGUGAAUUGCAAUUCUCAAUUGAGGUCUGGUUUUUAGGAGAGCGAAUUGGUGAGGGAAUUGGUAAGACUAGGAAGGAAGCCCAAGAUCAAGCUGCAGAGAACUCUCUUAGGACCUUGGCUAAUAAGUAUUUGUCAAAUGUUCUGCUUGAUCCUACUUCUGUUCAUGGAGAUUUGAAUAAGAUCCCCUAUUCUAAAGAAAAGAGCUUUUUAAAUGAUUCAAACCCUUUUGUAAAUCCAGCAUUUGCACGGGAUGAUCUUCCCUUGGCUGCUAGUAAUUCUGAAGAGUCCCGAUUUCUUGAUCAGAAGCUGGAGGAAUCAAAGAAAUUGAUGGCAUCUGUUGUGGCCCUUAAAGAUCUAUGCACCACAGAAGGUUUUACUCUUGGGUUUCAGUGUCCUCCUUCUCUUUCAGCAAACUCAGACAGUAUAGGAGAAAUAAAUGCACAGGUUGAAGUUGCCGGACAAAUCUUAGGAAAGGGCAUCGGAACUACCUGGGAAGAAGCUAAGCUGCAGGCAGCUGAGGAGGCACUUGGUGCUUUGAAGUCCAUGCUUGGUCAGUUCACUCAGAAAAGAUUGGGUUCUCCAAGGUCACUCCACUCGGUUCCUAACAAACGGUUGAAGGCGGAGUUUUCUAGAGUUGUGCAGCAAAUUCCUUCAUCCAAUAGAUAUUCCAAACACGAUACUCCAGUACAUUGAUAGCUGUUGCUGCCUUUUCAAAUCUCUUCUGGUUAAGCAUCUGCAGAGAUGUUUCUACCUUUUUCCAGAGAUUCAGGGGACUGUUGGAUGGAUUGAAUUCUGGUGAGAUUUCAAGUACCAAGUGUUGCACCCACAGCUCUAGGACUGCUCUCCGGCAUCAGAUUAUGUUUCAACGAGUAUGGAUUUUUGGUGUGCAUGCCCGAUGGAGGUUCGGGGAUUCUACAUAUCACGUGUGCUUAUCCACAGAGAUUUAGUAGAUUGGUGAAAUAAUUCACAGAGUUAACAUAGUAUCACGGCUUCAUUUUAUUAUGGGAGAUCCUAAGCUUUCAUGGCAGAAUUACUGGGCUAAUCUUCAAACUUCGGAGUUCUUUAUAAACACAUUCGUGGGCUUUGCUUCGAUAAUUCCUGAUUCAGAUUCUGUGUUCCUGACAAGUCACGGAAGUGAGUGAAACGAAACACACACUGAUUUUACCCAGAGGCAGUUGAUGGAAAAAGAAGAUAAACUUCUGUUUAUGUUUCAACCAGUCUUUUUGUACAUUUUGGCUUGUUUUGUUUCUGCUUUAAAGCCACCACAAGUUUAUAAUGUAGAGGUUUUCAAGUUUAAAGUCUUCUCCUUUCCACUACCCUUUCAUUUUCUAGUGUUUGUUAAGAGUGCAGGGGUCCUUCCUUCCCAACUUCUGUCAAUUGAGAUUCUCCACCAGAUUUGUUUUUCUUCUUUUGAGUCUCUUUAUUCAUCAUGUACUUGUUUGUCUCCAAGUGGUAUUAGUUUUCACAACAUA